UCCAGUUCCACUUGUCUAUCUCUCUUCUGUUCCAUUUGUCUAUCCCACACCAUCGCCACACCCUUUUGAUGACUGUAGCUAAAGAUCUUGCAAUUGGGUAGAAGGAUUCUUUUGGUUUUAUUCUUUAGUUUAAUUUUCUCUUCUUUUUCUAGGUUCUGAAGCUGAGAGCUUAUUGUGUUCAGACUCCUUUCCUUUUGAGACAGGGAGAGAGAGAGAGAGAGACAGGGAAGGGGUGCAGAGAGAGAGAGAGCGAGAGAGAGAGAGAUUAAUGUGCAGCCUCCAUGCGCAGCACCAGAACAAUGCAGGUUCAGUCUCACAGCCCCGAGGUUGAUCAUGACCCAAGCCAAAAUCAAGAGUUGGACUCACUGACUGAGCCACCCAGAUGCUCCUCCUGCUUUCUAAUGUAUGCAUUGAGGGCUAUCAAUUUUGCUAUCCAUUGAUGUAGCUGUGUCCCCCAAAUUUUAAUGUGCUGUAUUUUCAUUUUCCUUCAGUUCAAUGCAUUGAGAUUUUAUCUUUUACCUUUGAUCAUCUAGAAUGUUACUUUCUACGUGUUUGGAUAUUUGUUAUCUUUCUCCUUUGGAUGUCUAGUUGACUUUUGAUUUUCUUAAAAUUCUCAAACUUUUAAUUCCAAUAAGUUGAUAUCCAGGGUUGUAUUUGUUUCAGGUCUACAAUAGAGGGAUUCACCUCCCCUACUGCAAGAAGUGUGGGCUCCUGUUGCCAGGCACUGAUUGGCGUUGGACACUCAGUAAUGGAGGACCCUGGCUGCGAACAGCCACCUGAGUGAGCUCAAAAGCCGAUUCCCCCCCCCCCCCCAACAAGCCUGGAGAUGACCGAAGAUCCAGAUGACAUCUUGACUGCAGCCCUGUGAGAGAUCCUGAGCCACAGGACCACCAUUAGUGGGAAGGGGCCCUCAAAGAAGCAAGAUGAGAACAUCUCUGACAAGCCUGUCAAGUGUCAGCAUCCAAGCACCCCAGUCACUUCUACCCCCUUGGCAGCCCCACUGCUUCCAUAAGGACACAGAUACAAUCACUGACAUGUUUUUGAGCAAACUAAUGGAGGACCCUGGCCGCGAACAGCCGCCUGAAUGAGCUCAAAAGCACAUUUUCCCCCCAACAAGCCUGGAGAUGACCGAAGAUCCAGAUGACAUCUAGACCUCAGCCCUGUGAGAGAUCCUGAGCCACAGGUACCUGGCUAGUUGCACCUGGAUGGCUGGCCCACAGACACCAUAUCAGGACCACCAUUAGUGGGAAGGGGCCCUCAAAGAAGCAAGAUGAGAACAUCUCUGACAAGCCUGUCACGUGUCAACAUCCAAGCACCCCAGUCACUUCUACCCCCUUGGCAGCCUCACUGCUUCCAUAAGGACACAGAUACAAUCAUGGACAGGUUUUUGAGCAAACGUCUACAAUAUAGGGAUUUACCUCCCCAACCGCAGGAAGUGUGGUCUCCUGAUGCCCUGCACUGAUUCGCGUUGGAGACUCAGUAAUGGAGGACCCUGGCCGCGAACAGCCGCCUGAGUGAGCUCAAAAGCCGAUUUCACCCCCAACAAGCCUGGUGAUGACCGAAGAUCCAGAGGAUAUCUUGACUGCAGCCCUGUGAGAGAUCCUGAGCCACAGGACCACCGUUAGUGGGAAGGGACCCUCAAAGCAGCAAGAUGAGAACAUCUCUGACAAGCCUGUCAAGUGUCAACAUCCAAGCACCCCAGUCACUUCUACCCCCUUGGCAGCCCCACUGCUUCCAUAAGGACACAGAUACAAUCAUGGACAGGUUUUUGAGCAAACCUAAGUUUUGAUUUCUCUCAGAUCAAGGCCAAGAGUGCAAUGACUGGGUCCUAUGGUGGCUGCAAGUCUAGUUUUCAAAGAACCUGUGUGGAAGGAAGGGUUGAGUCACUCUAUUGGGCACCCGAAUUUGAUAUUACACUGCAUGGUCUACAAUAGAGGGAUUCAACUCCCCUACUGCAAGAAGUGUGGGCUCCUGUUGCCAGGCACUGAUUGGCAUUGGAGACUCAGGUACACCUCCCCCACCCCUACUCCCUUCAGGUCCUGUUGCCAGGCACUGGUUUGCUUUGGACACAGAACCCUCCUAGGGGUCCAAGCAGUUUCUAGUGUCCCAGAGGACACUGUUGAUCGGAGACAAAGCCACAAGGCUCUUUAGCGCCUGCUGGUGGCCAUCCAAAUGUCUAUCCACAUAGUUCUGGAGCCGUUGUGGGUUGUCGUGGAGCAGCUGUCGGCUUCCGGUUUGGUGAUACAUGAUCGUUUGCCACAUGGGCCUCGAAUCUCUGGGUUUUGCUGGGAAACCUGAUGUGCACUGCAUUGGUGGUGUUCCUCGUAAGGAUGGACUCAGCUUCAGAAGAAGAAAGGAGCAUUGUGCCCAGAAUGAAGUAUCUGGAAAAGGCAUCAACAAGACCGAACCGGACGCACCAGCCUGUGGAGCUGUCACAUCAUCUGAGCAGAAGGCCAGUCCUCUCCCGUUACAGAUUCUUGCUCUGGCUGCCCUGAAUGAAGGUGCCGGGUAUUUUUCCGUGGAAAACGCUACGGAACUGCUGAAGGGAGUUGGGGAAAGGCUGUUGAAGAGCCCUCACCAGCUGACUGACGAAAAUCCCAUCUCUAGAGAAGCCCAGGAAGAUGGAGAUUGGCCUGCGAGGAAAAUACAAGAAGGCAUCAAGGACAGCCCUAAUCUGCAGGGAAGUGCAGAUCCGCUGGUUCAGGACAUUGGCAGCUGUGGACAGACAGUGCAGGAAGAGGCAGGGGAAGCAGGUAGGCCAGAGCUUGCUAAUGGAGGAGUGGGGCGGCAGGCCGGCGGUGAGAGUCAGAGCCAACGCCACACCCUCAGCCAGAUCCUACUGAAGGUGAUGCACCUGCAAGAGCUGCUUAGAGAUCAUCUGGAAGGUGGGGGCUCAAGGAGGGAGGUGGAGACUGGCUCGUCCUGCACUGUCCAUGUGCCCUCGGGCGGGAGCCCCGUGAACAAAGGAGAGCUGUCCAGGGCACUGCAGAAGGCACGUCCGAGGAACGAAGAGCUCCCGAGAAACAAAACAAUCCACCAAGCUGAGCAAGUGUCUUUUCACCUUCGAAACACCUUCAUGGAAAUUGAUAUUCAGAAGUUGCGCCUGAAGCUCGAGGCAGAGCUUAAGCUGUGUGAAGAGCACAUCAAACACAUGGAGAGGAAUUUGACGGAGGAGAAGGCACGCUGCCUGCAACUGAAGAACAAACUGGCCAAGGUGUGCAGGUAGGCGGAUGCUGCCCACUGGAACUUAGGCCUCUACAGGACCAUGGCCCAGGAGCUGCCGGGCGAAUGGCAGAAGAUUUCCUCCUUGCAUGAGCGGGAGCGCCUCCUUGUGGAGAACAGAUGGGAGGAGAGCCAGAAGGCUGUCCUGUGGGCAGAGAGGGAAUUCCGAAGGCUCCAGGGGGAAAACCAUUGACUCAGGCAGAAGCUGACCAACU